GAGGAGUAGGCGGGCCUCCAGUACAGGGGUGCAAAGUGCAAAGCAUGAGCUUUCUGCGGAUCGGGACAGGCUCACUGCUGCGCCUCGGCUGUUGUCACAGAGCAGGACCGUGGCCUGUGGCGGUGUCUCCUCGCUCUGGGGCUCGGCCUAUCGUGGAUAUGUCCCACUCACGCCACUUUGUGGAUUUCCACGGCUCUAACAUCCCCAGCUCCAUGAAAAAGCUGGUUGUGACUCAGCUCAGCCCCAACUUCAGGCAGGCUGUUACUCUCAUUGCCAACGCCCCGGUGCCAGUGCCAGGGGACGGAGAACUCCUCGUCAGGAACCGCUUUGUAGGAAUCAAUGCAUCGGAUAUAAACUACUCCUCCGGGCGGUAUGACAUCUCAACAAAACCUCCGUUUGAUGCUGGAUUUGAAGGCAUUGGAGAAGUUGUAGCUUUGGGCCUCAGUGCUAGUAAAACAUAUGCUGUUGGCCAAACAGUAGCCUAUGUUCAAGGUGGCUCAUUUGCCGAAUAUACUGUUAUACCUGCACAACUAGCAGUCCCAGUACCCUUAGUUAAACCAGAAUUCUUAACCCUGCUUAUCAGUGGUACAACCGCAUACAUCAGUCUCAAGGAGAUGGGACAGUUAUCUGAAGGAAAAAAGGUUUUGGUUACUGCAGCAGCUGGUGGCACAGGCCAGUUUGCUGUUCAACUUGCAAAGAAAGCUAAAUGCUAUGUGAUUGGGACCUGUUCCUCACAUAAAAAAGCUGGUUUUCUGAAAUCAAUUGGCUGUGACCUUCCAAUCAAUUAUAAAACUGAAAAUAUUGGUUCAGUACUGAAGAGUCAGUUUCCUGAUGGUUUAGAUGUUGUAUAUGAAUCUGUUGGCGGAGAAAUGUUUGACCUAUCAGUCAACUGUUUGGCUACAAAAGGUUGCCUUAUAAUCAUUGGCUUUAUUUCUGGCUACCAGACAUCUCAAGGUAUUUUGCCUGUUAAAGCAGGAGCACUACCUGCAGUCUUACUGAAAAAGUCUGCCAGCAUCCAUGGGUUUUUCUUGAACCAUUACUUAUCUGAAUACAAAGAAGCAAUUAUGUCUCUGCUAAAACUAUAUCAAAAGGGGGAACUGGUUUGCGAAGUGGACUAUGGCGAUCAGUCACCGGAAGGCAGGUUCACCGGUCUGGAAUCUAUAUUUCGUGCUGUAGAUUAUAUGUAUACAGGGAAAAACAUAGGAAAAAUUGUAGUGGAAUUACCUCACCCUGUCAACAGCAAGCUGUAAAAACAGAACAAUGAAAUAAAUCACAAGAGAAACUGGUGCUUUCUGCCUGAGAGUUUCUACAAUAUGUUGUUCCUAAUGGAUAGUAUAUUAAAAACACUAUCAAGGUGUUGGUAAAAUGUUUUCAUUGUUAAAAUAGCUGUUUCAUUUCAAGGGCACAAGCUGGCUGGAUUUAAUAGUUUAUGAGCUAGUUCACUUUCCUAAAACUAUUCAAAUAGUGUUCUACAAAAAUGACUUUCAGUUGUUUUCUGUUUUUAUUGUUUUAUCAUUUUUCUCAAAUGUAAGUUUUGAAAAUAAUUAGCUUGAUUAGUAGCUCAACAAAAGAGUAUUGGUUGAGGCUGGGUAUUCUAUGUAAUUUGAAAUAAUAUGCCUUUUUGUCUGAUAAUGGAUUCUAAACAGUUAUUCUUUUAUACCAUAGUUAAAUUAUCAGCAGCUUCAGCCCCUCUCUGAAUAAAGCUGGCCAUAGAUGCAAAGAUAUAGUCAUACGAACGAUUUUUGGACCGUGUGUGGAUCGUCCCAUCAUUUUUGUUCCAUGGUGAUCGGUUGUUUUUAAACAUAUUUCUGUCAGAUAAUGAUAAUCUCUCUGCAUGUAUUGCCUAUCUGACAAUAUCAAUACAUUUUUUGUACUA